AUGAGUAUGAAUACAAACAGUCCGAUUAAAGAGCAGUCAAGCUUCUGGAAGUUCACCUCAUCUCGAAAGAGUCCUGGUGUUGCAAAGCCUGUUAACAAUCAUAUUCCUCACAAGUUUGAGAAGUUCAAUGGGAACUUUAUACCAAAGGCCAAGAGAGAUAUAGAUAGUUCAGCAAUAUUCAAUCAUAGUCAAUAUAUAGCACCAGGUGAUGGCAUUGAUGGCAGUGCAGGACUGAGUAGUAGCACAAGCAGCAUUGGUGUAGUCAAUGGCAACAACAACAACAACAGCAACAAUAGCCAGAGUAGUAGUAAUAGUAACGAUAACAAUGGCAUCAACUUACACAAGUCAUUCUCAUCAUCAUCGAUUCCACUCUCCUAUGGCAGUGCGACCUCUGGAGAUGCGACACCAGUCGACCCAACCAAGUUUGUGUACAAUGAGAAGGCGGCCAAGUUGAAGCGAUUUGAGAAGAUAUUGAGCGAGAACAACGUCGAUCUGGACGCACUGAAGAAGGUGGGCUGGAGAGGUGUGCCCGACUCCCGACGACCAAUGGCAUGGAAGAUCCUACUGGGCUACCUGCCGUCGAAUGGUGAGAGGAGGGAGGAGACACUAGAGAGGAAGAGGAAUGAAUACAAAGACUGCCUGCCACAAUACUAUAUAUCCGAGGACAAGAGAACAGAUACCGACAAGAAGACUUUAAAACAGAUACAAAUGGAUGUACCGAGAACCAAUCCAUCAGUUCCACUCUUCCAACGACCACCUAUACAGGACAUGCUCGAACGAAUACUUUAUAUAUGGGGAAUAAGACAUCCAGCAUCGGGAUACGUACAGGGCAUCAAUGACUUGGCAACACCAUUCAUCUACGUGUUCUUGACAGAGUUUGUGGCCGACGUGGAGAACUGCAAUAUAGAGGCAUUGGACGCAUCGAUAUUGGCAAAGGUCGAAGCUGACAGCUAUUGGUGUCUCACCAAGCUGCUGGACGGCAUACAGGAUCACUACACGUUCGCUCAGCCAGGCAUCCAGAGAAUGAUCGCGCAGCUCAAGGGCCUGCUCGAGACAAUCAACUCAUCAUUAUGCGAACAUCUGGCCGAGCAGGACGCCCAAUUCAUCCAGUUUGCAUUCCGAUGGAUGAACUGUUUGUUGAUGCGCGAGAUCCCAUUCCAGCUGAUCAUCCGAAUGUGGGACACGUACCUGAGUGAGCGCGAAGGCUUCUCGGUGUUCCACGUCUAUGUCUGUGCGGCGUUCCUCGUGCUCUGGUCCGACGAGCUGAAGCGCAAGGACUUCCCCGACAUCAUGAUGUUCCUUCAGAAGCCGCCCACCCAGAACUGGAAGGAGACGGACAUUGAGGACCUGUUCUCCACUGCCCAUCUCUACCGCGAGCUCUAUCACAAUGCACAGAGUCAUCUCAAGUCCUCUUCAUCCUCUCGACGU